AUGCCCAAGUGUGAUCUUAAAACUAGAUACAUACCAGCUACUUUCGCAUGGACGUUGCUCAUCGCUGCCACUUCUUUAUUUUUUUACUAUCCGGCCCAGUAUUACCUACUAGAUCACCCAUGGGUUCCUGCGUGCCAAGGUGUUAUUACCUUCUUCGUUUUAGCAAAUUUCACACUAGCAACGUUCAUGGAUCCGGGAGUCAUACCCAAAGCACCCCCUGACGAGGAUAGAGAAGAUGAUUUCCGGGCGCCCCUUUACAAGAACGUCGAAAUAAACGGGAUCAUGGUGAGAAUGAAAUGGUGCGUUACCUGCAAAUUUUACAGACCGCCGAGGUGUUCCCAUUGUAGCGUUUGUAACCAUUGUAUUGAGACCUUCGAUCACCAUUGCCCGUGGGUGAACAAUUGCAUCGGCAGAAGGAACUAUCGUUUCUUCUUCUUCUUCCUCAUAUCAUUAAGUUUACACAUGAUCAGCAUAUUCACGCUGAGCCUCAUCUUUAUACUAAAGAGUGGAGUAAAUUACACGAAACCUCAGCCGAUUAUUGCUAUGGUAUUGAUGGCUCUGGUGGCGCUACUGUCGAUUCCGAUAUUCGGUUUGACGGGUUUCCACAUGGUUUUGGUAUCCAGAGGGCGCACCACGAACGAACAAGUCACCGGCAAAUUCAAAGGCGGCUUCAAUCCCUUUUCGAGGGGCUGUUGGGACAAUUGUUGUUAUACGCAGUUCGGACCGCAAUUUCCUAGUCUGAUGAAACCGUUGAAGUAUAACGCGAAACGAAAACAUUGUCACCACGGACCCAUAGCGACCAUUACGAACGAAAGUCAAGUUAAGACGUACAUGGAUAACAGCAACGGAGUUAGAAACAUCAACUCGAACGCUUAUAAUAAGAUGUCUCCGGGUAGGGACGGAUGCGAAUUAGACAUGGAACCGUCUGCUUCCCAAUCGCAAGACUGCGAGCCGACGCCGCCCCUACAAAGGCACGGCUCCAAAAGCAAUUUCUUCCUUCCGUCGGCGGCUAAUGCGAUAGACGGAGAAUCGCCAAGUCGCGUAGGUCUGUCAUACAGCCACCAGCAGGCGCCCGUUUCGAGACCUAUGGCGCACUAUUCGCGCAGCAGCCCCCAUCCGAGACCGCGGGGCCUCGACGCUGGGCGGUGCGCGACGCCCGACGCCCUCGGCGCCCCGCAGCGCCCCUCGCCCACCAUGCAGCAACGGAUGAAGGCGGUGGGCGGCGUCCCGACGCCUCUCACGCUCUCGACGCCCAUCAGAAGAUCUAACCCAAGUACUCCGACUCAGCCCCGCCGGCCGGACUUCAUCGGCGUGGUAUACCCCAAUCAGACCCUGCACUACUACGACAUCCAGCACCAGGACGGCCCGGCGCCCCGACAGAUGAUGAUCGCCCACCAGGGCAGCCCGCAGCGCCGCUUCAUGUCCGAGGGCGAGCUGGUCAGGCAGGAGGCCCAGCUGAGCUACCCGCGAUCCAACAACACCGUCGACAACAUCAGAGAAUUAGCGAAUUCGCCGCAACGCGGGGUGUACAUGUGGAAGGAGACGUCUCCGGUGUACCCGCCGUCCGAUUUCUACCGCUCGAAUCCCACCAGCCCGACGCAGCAGUACGGCGGCGCGCCGCCGCCCCCGGCGCGCGCCUACCACCCGGCGAUGCGCGGCGGCGUGCCGGUGUACCCGCCGCCGCAGAGCCCGCUGGUGCACCGGAAACAGCCGGCGGCGGCGCCCGCGCCGGCGGACAACCGGCGCAGGCCGAUGUCGUUCGUGCGCGCGCUCGAGAUGUCCGAUACGGAGGGGGCGCAGUGCGCGCAGCACGCCAAUCAGCGGCCGGCGACGCCCGAUCGGGCCAGCGUCUACGACAUGAACUACGAGAUAUCGGUAUAG